AUUAGAAGGCUUUGAUUCUGUCGGCAGCCAUCUGCUGAUCCUAUGGAGGCCGGCUAUCUAAAACUUCCGCAUCUGUGGAUAUAGUUUGCGAUUAAGGGCCUUAUAUAGAUUUUCGCAUAUUUGUAAGAUUUAGUAGUAGCUGUUGUAUUCUUAUCGAUACGCAGGGUUGCAUUUAGUAUCAAAGCAGAAAGCUUUUCGUAGUAGCUUAAUUGUGAAAUUGAAAACAGUAAACAAAAGCAAAGCUUUAUUGCGUGCCUAUUGAAAUUGAUAGUGAGGGAGAAAAGUUUGUUACUUAAGCAGAAUCAAAUCCUCUGCUAGGACCAUUUCUACAAGUAAAGCCUAAGGACAAACAUGGCAGCUAGUAUAAAAGAUACAGAUUCAGCCAACGAAGAAUUUGAUAAACAUUUGAGGUAUGUUUUGCAUAUGAAACCCAAGGAAGAUCCACCAAAAUGUAAUACAUAUGUGGUCGAAUUUUUCGGCGUUUUGAGCCUAACCGAUUUACGUGCGCCGGAACGAAAGCUGUGGUACAUUUAUUAUUGUAAGCAGUCGGAUAUAGACCAGACUGUGGAUCAGAUUCACCAGAAAUAUGGCAAAAAGAAUAUGUAUGACCUAUUCCGGAAGCCGGUAUUCAGUGGAGCUGGCUUGCGCGCCAGUGUCAAGAAGCAUUUUUCGGAAUUAAAAUGGUUUACCAAAGGAAAUUUACUUGAGGCGCCACCAAAGAGUCAUUUUAACGACGAGCGCGUCUGUAAAACCAUAACGGAUCUAUACAACAUUGAGCAGCAAAGACUUUAUAACUAUGUAAUGGUGAAAAAUCAGUGGUACUGGAGGUACAACCAUUAGGUAGGGUCUUAUGUAGUAAAACUCUGUGAUUUUAGAUAAGUGAUUGCAUUAUUUAUAAUUUAUGUUAUGGUCAUAAAAAUAUAUUUCUGGAAUCAGUCGCUUAUAGCAUUUCGAUUGAAUUUUGCAGUCAUAAAAGCUGCAGUGUUGUGUAGAUAACAUUGCUUCCGUUUUCAUGCCGCACAUUUGGGGGAAAUACAAUCGUUCUUGAGCCAUAACGUUCAUAGCCAAUAAAAUACUUUCACCUCAACAAACGUGAGCACUGUCGACGUCAUCAUUUCUUUCAUACCGAAACAGAAGCAGCAGCAGCCAAAACAUGAACAACAUAAUUAUCUGCAUUCCGCUUGUUGAGGCAUUGGUGUGUUUUCCACAUGAAAUUAUUAUUACCUUAAGCUAAGUUUCUUUCCCUUCUGCGUCGUUAAAAACAUGAACGUAAUAUUUUCAAAAUUUGCUAACCCUUCGUCCUGCAAAUCUUAAUCUCUAAUGUUGAGAGCUUCCGUAGUUUGCCCACAAAGAAUUCCAAUCCACAAUUUAUCGUGGUCGAGUGCAUUUGAAAUUCCGCGUCUAACCGUUGCAACUCAAAAUUUGUAAGAAUAAACAAGUGUUAAGAACAAA